AUGCCUUCUCUUCCCACCCCCUCCUCCUCCGAGAAAUCCGAACUUCCAAUACCCCAAGAUGCAACUCGAAUACAAAAAGACAAGACCAAGACCGAACGAGGUGCCGAUACCCACGCCGAACACGCCUCCGAUUCAGAAGUCAGCCAUGAAGACAAACCCAAGCUUCAUACCAGCGGCAAGCCCGAACUCACAGAAGACGACUGCUACGAUAAACUCGGCUUCUGCUUCCCAACAUGGAAGAAAUGGACCAUUCUCACCGUCAUCUUCCUAGUCCAAAUGUCCAUGAACUUCAACACAGGCGUCUAUUCCAACGCCGUCCCAGGCCUCGUCGAAGAAUUCCAUAUAAGCGAGCAAGCCGCACGAGUCGGCCAGUGUGUUUUUCUCGUAGCCUACGCAUUUGGCUGCGAGCUCUGGGCACCCUGGAGCGAAGAGUUCGGCCGCUGGCCCAUCAUGCAGCUUUCGCUAUUCCUAGUGAAUAUAUGGCAGAUACCGUGCGCAGUCGCGCCGAACUUCGGCACAAUUGUCGUUUGUCGUGUCUUGGGCGGACUCAGCUCGGCGGGUGGCUCUGUUACUCUUGGUAUGACGGCCGAUAUGUGGGAAGCUGAUGAUCAAGGGUAUGCGGUUGCAUAUGUUGUGCUUUCUUCGGUGGGCGGAUCGACGGUUGGGCCUUUCUUUGGUGGUAUGAUUGGUCAAUGGCUGAAUUGGCACUGGGUGUUUUGGAUGCAGUUGAUAGUCGGUGCUAUCACGCAGGCGAUUCACUUUGUCAUCGUGCCUGAGACCCGCGCGACGAUCCUUAUUGAUCGGGAAGCUAAGCGGCGUCGGAAGGAAGGGGAGGAUAUCUGGGGUCCGAAUGAGUUGAAGACGCCUCGUUUGGAUGUCCAUGAUGUGCUCCGAAUCUGGAUCCGUCCGUUUGAGAUGUUCAUUCGUGAACCUAUCGUUCUCUUCCUAUCUCUUCUGUCUGGUUUCUCGGACGCUCUUAUCUUCGUCUUCACGGAGUCUUUCUCGCUAGUCUUUGAACAGUGGUCUUUCAGUACCCUCGCUGUGGGAUUGACCUUUGGUUCGAUUCUCAUAGGCUACGUCCUCGCCUACUUUAUCUUCUUACCGGAUAUCUAUCGACAGAUUCAAACGCGUCGCAAGUCUGGCGCAGCAAGUCGACUUGCGGAGCGUCGUCUUCUCCUUCUCCUCUUCAUCGCUCCGUUAGAACCAAUUGGUCUCCUCGGCUUCGCAUGGACAUCAAUGGGUCCUCCGAUCCCUUGGAUUGCACCUUGUAUCUUCGCCUGUAUGAUCGCAAUGGCGAAUUAUGCCAUCUACAUGGCAACGAUCGACUACAUGGUAGCAGCAUAUGGUCCGUAUUCUGCAUCUGCAACAGGCGGCAAUGGAUUUGCUCGAGAUUUCCUCGCCGGUAUCGCGACGAUGUAUUCGACUCCCAUGUACCAGAAUAUGGGAUCAAAGUAUCACUUGCAAUGGGCGAGUACACUUCUUGGCUGCGUUGGCUUUUUGGUUCUGAUUCCGAUUUAUGUGUUCUAUUGGAAGGGUCCAGCUAUCAGAGCGAAGAGUAAAUUUGCCCAGCAGUUGGCUGCUGAUCGUGAUAGACAUACUGAGUCUCGAAGGGCCAGUCAGGCGAGGGCUUCCGUUGGUGCUUAG